AUGGAGACCUCUUACAGAAACAUGAUCCUGGGCACUGGACUAAAAUGCACUUCUGCAACGCUCGCUAUUGUGACCUCCCGACAGGUCAUGUCACAAGGAUUUCAUUAUCCAUACCACUUGCUAUUAAUACACGCGCUGGCGAUUCUCCUAUUCCAAGCAGUAACUCGGGUACUCAAAGCAAUCAAUGGCGAACAACACCCUACACAGGAUGAAUCGCCAAGCUUCUCGGAACACAAUGGCAUAAUGCGAGAACUUUUCAUUCUGGUACCUUUCCUUCACAUGGCGUGCGCAGUAGGAACAUUACUUUGCGUCUACCAGGCCACAUAUCACGUCAUCGCUCUGCCAGUCCUCGUAAUGCUACUAGUUCUGGACUGGARCUCGAUCUUCACAAACGCAGAGAGGGUACCUGCCAGAGGUCUAUUCCUGGCUUGUAUAUCCAUGUGCGGCAUGGCCAUGAUGUUCACAUUCGACCGGAAGCUUUCCAAAGGAGGCAUCAUAGGCUCUGUCGUGGCCAUUACAUUGACAAGCCUGGCACGGUCGAUGGAUGCAUGGAUGAAGGCCCACUGCAAUGAGCGAAACUCCCCUGGCUGCGCGCGAUGGCAAACCCCAUUCGCUGUACCUUUAAUCCUAAUCUUGCUCAGCCCGGCAUUGAUCCGGAGAUACGAGCAUCCAAUCUACACGCCCGCGGGACCGGUUUCUCUGGGCGGUACAUUGGCCAUCAACAUAGCAUGUGUGGUUGCGGCCUGGCGCUGCAACUCAUCUUUCUUCACGCAUACAGAACCCUCCGAUGACGACCUGAACUYGGAAUACAUUGGUGGAAAGGAGCUCAAACAUCUUGCAACGCCCUUGAUGAUCGUGAGUCUGGUCACUGCAGGCUGUAGCUAUGCCCUGCCUCCAUUCUCAAUCUCAGCAUGGCAGCACGUGGGGUUCCUCAUUGCUCUAUCGGCAAUAUACAUUGCGAGUUACUCGCCAGGACGCUCUGCUGCUGGAGACAUGGAGAAGAGCUAUGAGCUUCUUGCAGAUGCCGACGGCAGGGAUGCAUCCGAGACACACUCCACAAAGGACCGUACAAAGCGCAUCUCGAUAGCGCUAUUCAUUACGCUGGUCGCCGCAGUGCUCUGCAUCCUGGUACCCAUGUACUGGCCUGAUUCCCUCUCUGAGCUCCAUCGAGGGACGUUCAAAUCACUAGCAAUAUCACUGCCCCGAAAGCAAGGAUCAUACUCCCUUGACUUUGUGGUGUCACGAUACGAUGAGUCUGCAACCACGCUUGCAGAUAACUUGACACCGCUUCUUGACCUCGAGGCAACACGCAGUCGAGCGAUGCGCGUCAUCGUAUACAACACAGGAGACGAAGAUGAAGAUCUCAAUUCGACCUUCCGCAACGACCUCCAACACGCGCUCACAUCACAACCACACAUCACCGUCGAACAUCGAGCGAAUUUUGGAAGAGAGGGUGCGGCUUUCCUACAUCACAUCACAACCCAGUGGGACAACCUAGCAGAUCACACCCUCUUCAUGCAAGCCAAACCACAUCAACCCAGACAUGUCCGGCGGUUGCUUCAAAGCUACUUCGUGCCGCAAACUGGAUUCCUGUCAUUAUCCGCCCUCCAAGAUUCGUGUUCAAGCUGCGAGGAUUGCUGGGACCACUCUACGUGGUCGGAGAGCAAGACCAUCUUGGAGGACAUCUACAGUCGCGCCAACAAAGGCGCCAAAUGUAAAAGCUUCGUAUUGACAUAUCGAGGUCAAUUCGUCGCGUCCCGGAGCCGCAUUCAGGCUCCUGGACCGGAGCUUUUUCAGGAUCUUUUGGAUGGGAUGGUCAAUCCGAAGAGCGAUAAGCACAGUGGGGAAUACGUGAACCAGCCAUGGCUUCCCCAAAAGGUGGACAGCUUGAAUAGCCCUCUUUUUGGUUACACACUCGAGCGUAUUUGGGGUGUGUUGAUGGGUUGUUCAGAUCGUCGGUUGGCUUUGACGUGUCCGAGUAGACUUUCGUCCGCGAUGACAGUGUUCAGGGUGGGCGCUUCUAGCUUACAGGAUUGCCAAUGUCUUGAUGAUAUUACAUAA